CUGCCAGAUCCUGAAGUUCCUGGUGCACUGCUGGAUGUGAUGUGCUGAUAUUUGAGCUGUUUAGAACCAUGACUUCCCCACCAAGUCCUUCUCCAACCAGGUGGUUCAAAGCCCUGCGGAGAUCAAGGAUAGAGGACGUGUGUCUGAAUAGUGGAGCAGCCACAUGUGCAGAGGUCCUGAAGAGAGCCAGAGCAGCUUUCAGGGCCGGACGAACAGCCCAGGACAGCUUCAGACUGGCUCAGCUAGAGGCUUUGGUGCGCAUGUUGAUGGAUCACGAGUGUGACUUUGUAGAUGCUCUUGGACGGGAUGUGCAUAAGCCUCGCUUUGAAACGGUGAUGUCCGAGCUGAUGAUAGUCAAAUGUGAGGCUCUUCACACCAUCAGCAACUUGAAGAAAUGGAUGGAGGUGCAACGUAUAGAACGCAACUGGGCGACUGCAUUUGAUGAAUGCCUGGUGGUAAAUGAGCCGCUGGGUGUGGUAUUGAUAAUUGGGAAUUGGACCAGUCCUCUCCAGCUCUGUCUGGUACCUUUAGUAGGUGCCAUUGCAGCUGGUAACUGUGUGAUUAUAAGCCCACCAGACACCUGCGCUCAUACUGCUGAGCUUCUGCACAGACUCAUACCAGCUUACCUGGACAAUGAAUGCUUUCACUCUGUUGUGGCAGCAGCACACGAAAUUCCAGAAAUGAUUGACCUUAAAUUUGAUAAUGUAUUCUUCUUCGGCGAUAAAGAAAAUGGGAUUAAAGUAGCUCAAGCUGCCGCUCGGACACUGGCUCGUGUGACUCUGGUACUGAGUGGUAAAAACCCUUGUUAUGUUGACAGUCAAUGUGACAUCAACACGACGGCUCGUCGCAUUACCUGGGCACGAUUCCAUAAUGCUGGCCAAAGUGCUGUGGCACCCGACUACAUCCUAUGCCAUGUAGAUGCCAAAGAUAACCUCCUACAGGCCCUCCGCUGCGCGCUCCUGCAGUUUUACGGGACCGACCCACGCGAGUCCAGGAGCUUCGGUAGGAUGGUGAAUGAGGAAAUCUUCAACAAGGCCAAAGACCAGCUGUGGCGAUCUGGAAAGGUGUUUAUAGGAGGUCAGGUGAAUGAUAUGGAGAGGUACAUUGCACCAACUGUUCUGACGGAGGUCGUGGAGUCUGAUCCAAUCAUGCAGCAGGAUGUUUUUGGACCCAUCCUUCCCAUAUUGACAGUCCAGGAUGCAGAUGAGGCUGUGGCUUUCAUCAAUUCCAGAGAGAAACCACUAUGUGUGUAUGCUUACUCCAGUAACAACAAGGUGAUUUCCAAGAUAAUGAAUGAAACAUCCAGUGGUAGUUUCUGUUUGAAUGACAGCGUCUUACAGAGUGUGAUGGUGGGAAUGCCAUUCGGAGGAGUUGGUGCCAGUGGAAUGGGAUGCUAUCAUGGUCGCUACAGUUUUGAUGCAUUCUCUCAUAAGAAGUCCUGCCUUCUGCGAACCACCCGGAUUGAGUGCAUGGCAUACCUGCGUUAUCCACCUUAUGAAGACCGCAACCUGUCCUUGGUCAGCCUGGCCAGCUCUCUGAAUCUGAGGAGUCAGGGUUGGUGCACUGUUCUGUGAGAGCCACUGCUACACAAAUCAAAUGUCUUUUUACCUUCACUGUGCACAGGAAAGUCUCUUUAAUCCUUUGAUGUAAAACUAUGAUACAUAAACCAAACGUAUGUAUU